AUGGUACGGUUCCAGAAAAGAUAUCGGGGAGCCCAAAAUCAGCCGAAACUCGGCUUGACAGAUCUGAAAAACGAGGAAUGCGGAAAGAAGUUCCGCCAACGAGUGUCGAUGUCAGUAUUGGAUUACGGACUAGGAAGGAGGAACGGUCAAGAGGGGUACCUCUUGUCCCACACCACUUACUCGGAAGUGGACAUGGUGUACCACAGGAUGACACCUGUGAAACAUCAAGAUCUUGCUCGAUCUUCUGAAGUAGUCACGAAAAACCGUCUUCACUUCUUCGUUCACGUUAUUAGGAGACCAUUUGAUCGUCUGGUCCAAGUUACGAAGGUGGUGAAGGAAGAUCUGAAGACACUUGGAGCCGACAAGCAGUUCAGUCGAGACGUGAAAUUCCGCCGUUUGUGGAAUAGCGACGGACCGAACAAGAUGGGCUCGGAUAUGUUCAAGGACGACACAUCCCGGCGAAUACCCGAAGGCCAUAACACCCGCCGGCCGAUUAAGUCAAGUCAAAUUAUCUACACGGACGAGAAAAUGUUCAGUCUAGAUGGUCCGGAUGGAUGUCGACAUUAUUGGAGAGACCUGCGUGAAGCGCCCAAGGUUUCCUCGGAGAAGGAACUUCGGAGGUGGUGCAUUGGCUGGGCGACGUGCCCUCCUGACUGUAACCCUAUGGAGAACAUGUGGAAGAUAGUGGUUCGACAUGUCUACUCGAACAACCGACAGUUCAGUACCAUUGAAGAGCUGAAGACAGCGAUAUCAAAUGCUUGGGAAAUAUCGAUCACAACGUGA